AUGGCUGGCUUAAGACAUAUGUGCACUUCAUUGACAUCGCGCAUGCGUGAAAGACGCUGCCUGUGUGACAACAUUGUCACCGAAAGUCCUCGAAAAAAAACCAACGUCGAGGGUGAGGAAAACGAGACGAGUGCUCCUGUUUUGCUCAAGGAUCAUUUCGUAGAAAACAACUUAUCGAGGCUAUACGAAGGAAGAAAGAAAACGACUAAGACGCAAGUCCAAACAUUCGUUCGUGAAGAUUGCAACGAGGAACUAACUGAGAAUUUGCUUAUCGACGCUACGCCGAGUCGUUCUGCCGUUAGACGACUAGAAAAGUAA